GUCUCUCUCUCUCUCUCUCUCUGUUUUUACCCUGUUUCUUCAAAAGAGUGACACCGCCCAACUUGGCUGCGCGAGCCAAGCACGAGCACAAAAGAAUUUGCUUCAGACUCUUGUCAGCUCAUUCGUACCUCUGCCACUGCCGUGGCUAUCACGGGAUGUCGUCUGAAGGAACGACUGCGACGAGCACAGAGAAGACGACGCCUGGCCAACGUGAAGAGCACAAGACAAAAGUGAGGAGACGUUGCUGCGAUUUCCUACAACGCGGAAGACACGGCGAGGAUAAGCACCUCAAGUCGAUAUCCUGGUGGACUGAGAAGAGGAGAUUGCCGCUGCUACCGUCUCUGCCAGCCAACGGCUACAUCUGCCGAAUAUGUCGCGCCGAUGUUCACAAGUUGAAAGGCGAACUGCAGAAGUUAGGGUUGCCCAAGCAGUCUGUCGGCGAGGCGCUGCUACAGCUCACGACCAGGCCGUGCGUGCUCCUGAAGAGCCAGCUCGCGAAACCUUAUCAUGGAGCGCAACAAUCGCCGUUCCCGUCGAACAAAGAGCCGCCGCGGUCGCAGCACGACGACUGCCGAUAUUCCGUUUCAUUCCUCGAACGGCGGUUUCAACACGGCGAGCGUGAAGACGACGCUGUGAUAAAAUACCGGUCGGAAGGUACACGAGAUCCCGUAGCUCAGCAACUUAACCGAAAGGGCGAAAGCGAUGUAAGAUUAGACGCGGCAGCUGAGGCUUUAUCGUUGAAUAUUAUGACGGACGCUGAUAAAACUUGUGCGAAUGACGCUCCCGAGUACAGCUUAUCAGAGGGGAGAUCGUCGACAAGCGACGGUUCGGAGAAAUCGAUAAAUUACGAAAUGGAACACUUUCAUCUCGGAAAUGAAGUUACCGGCUCGAUAGAUGAAGCUGUCUUCGUAUUAGGCACCAGCACACCCAGCAAACGGAAGUGUCCCUCGUCAGGGACGAGAUUAAUGCCCAGACCGAGAAAGCAUCAUUUUUAUUCUGUAAACGGUGGCUUUUCAACAGGUGCCGUUCCCGAUGAAGAAACAACGAAGAGGAAGAGGAAUGAAGAGGCGAACCGUAGACGGCCCUCAUUGACGUCGAGCGAGUCGUCAGACUGUACGACUGUGCGAACGCAUGGCUGUGAAUCCAGUGACAAUAUUCCCGGCAUCGACAUCCGGCGACUCGACUUCUCGAGCAGCGCCAUGACCUCCGAAUGGAAGAUACGAGAUUACGAGGCAAAAGUUGACAGAGCCGUGAGUGAGGACGAAGUCGCGACUACAUCGGACGAGCGCGCACAGAAGUCCCGGCUCGACCGAAAGUUUCCGAUUGAGCAGUACACAGACCGACACAAGAGAAAUCUGCCUGGGCCGGGAAUCGGCUAUAAAACGGGAGACAAGAGGAAGCUGACUUCGACGGACGAACCUGUCACGUUAAGCGAAAAGAUCCAGAGGAAGAUCCAGAUGGAUAAGUUGGCGGCUAUGAAUCUGACAAUCGGUGAUACCGAGCUAGCUAAUAGAUACGGAAGAGUCACUGACGAUGAGUUUACCGAGCGAGCCACUGAAGGAGACGCUGAAGAAGAUCCACGGACGAAUCGACCAAGAAACAAGGGAUGCGCGAAAAGCGACAGAGACUCGCCCGCGAUGGACGCGAUUAGCAGAAUGGAGACGACGAAGACGAUCAAGUGCGUACGGAAGAAAUUUCGCAAUAUAUUCGGUGGGAUUGUCGAUAGCAGCGAGAGCGAGGAAGAGCGCGCAAUUUUACGCGCAUACGUCGCGAAGCAGAGAUCCAUCGAUUCGUACAGUACGAAGGCGGGAGACUUCUCCGAGGACGACGUAGCGUCGUGUAAGCGCGAGGUUUACACGCCAGUCGAUCACUCGCAGAAUGACUCAGCGGACCUGGUGGGGGCGAAGCCCGAGACGGGUGGUGACUCCUUUGCUACUAGCUUCGCGACUAGCGAUAUGGAAAAUGUUACGAGUCAAAAUGACACGUCUAUAGAUUCUCCCACGCUCGGGCCAAAUGUGAAUGCUGCAGAGACAGAUGAGGUGGAUAGGAAUAAGGAACAAAUGCAAGAAAUACGUACGCUACUUCGGAACUUUCGACAAAAAUUGUCGAGGGAGAUAUCGAGCGUCUUCGAGAGAGAGAGGCCGAGUGACGGCUGGAGCAGCAACAUUGAGCACAUUUUAAGAGAGAUUCGGAGAUUUACCGACGAUACAGGCAGCUCUGUGACCGACGAGGAUGCAAGUGUGCACGACGACUCGAAAUCGAAUGUAGAUUCGUUGAACGCAUCCCCGAGGACGAAACUCAUUUCUGACAUCGAGGACAGUGAGAACAGCGAUACUUGUGAUACGGCUGAUCCAGCAUUGAGAAGUGACAUCGCGGGUAACAGCAGCUCCUCGAUAGCCGGUCGCGAUUUUACAGCCGAGUUUCCGGAGAAGAGCCGCCAGGCGCGCGCUGUCGGCAACGAGAGCUGCGGCGUAGACGUGUCUUCUUCGAUCAACAUCUGCCCUCAAACGUCACCGGCCGUGAUCACUGCCAAUCGUGGCUCGACACCGACGUCUCCGGAGAAAAAUUCCCACGCGUCGGUAAGCAACGUCAACGAAGAUUCGUGCGUGGACGCGCCCGCAAGUCGAUCCUCUGUAAAUACCGAAAACAAUCAAGCGUCAGCGGGCGGCGCUUCUGACUCCACCGAUGAAAUUGAACUGACGAUGAAGGUCAGUUCGAGCUCGGAGCCUGCGAACGAAGAUGAGAUCUCGGUGAAAAUUCCACUGUCCACGAACAAGAGCAACAUCGAGAAGAUUAACAACGAGCUUCGCUGUGUGAUCUUGAAAGUCUCGUCCAAACUCACCGCGAGCGCGACUGCAAGUGCGAGGCAGAUACUGAAAGGUCUGUUCGAUGCUGGUCAAGUUAUCGCUAAGAGCGUCGAAACUCAAACAGACACCAAUCGCUCUCUACAGGAGGAGAAUGCUCUGGCGGAUGCACGACGCAGGAGUAACGACGACAGGGAGAAUGCGACGAGGGGUGAUAAAAGAGCAGAAGGUGACCGAUCCGUCGAGCGAGAGAGCGCGCAACAGACAGCAACGCUGCUGUUCUCAGCGGAGACCAGUACCGAAUGGAAGGGCGUCUUCGGCAUGCCUGAUCCAGACGGACCAAACACUUCUUCGUGUGCAACGGGAAGGAAGAGCGCUGCUAAAGACUCAGCCACUGCCAUCGGGUCUCCUCGAGUGUCCGAGUCCUCUUCGUUACCGAGUUCUUCGGCCAGGAACUGGAAAAGUUACAACUUAAUGAACAAAGAGGUCAAAUUGUUACAGAAUAUCGGCAUGUGUCUUCAGAUGUAUCGUAUAUUUGUCAAUGACGACACCGAUUUGAAUUUCCAACAAAAACAACUGAUACAUUUCGGAACGAAGUUGUUCCAACUCCUGAUAGAACUGGAACAGUUAUUGUCGGAAAACGGAACGGAUGCUUAUCUGGUCAUGGAUUGUAUCGUACACAAGCUUAAUCGCGGUGUAUUAAAAAGCUGCCCGACGUCGGACGCAGAAAUCAUGAAGUGCCUGCACGUAAGCUUCGCAUUAAAGACCGACGGGUUAAAGUACGUCGGUGAUGCUUCCAGUCAAGCAACGGCCGCGAGCGCAACGAUGCCGAGUGCCAGCGCGCAGAAUUUGCCUCAAGCCGUUCAACGUGGAUCACCGUCAGCCCAGGAAAUACCGAAACCGAGAGAAACGACGAAAGCAGCUGCUGACAAACAGCAAUCUCAGACAGCCGCGACAAAAGCCCCGAGUGAACCGAGCAAGGCCGCGCGCGUACCGCAACAAUGGCUGCCAAGUGCAACUAGUAGCAGCAGCAGCAGCAGCAGCUCGCAGGGCUUGCCGGCGAGCGGCACGGAGCAACCGUCGUCCGUGCAGCCGAGUCCAACGAGCGCGAACGUCAGCUUCCCGCGAUUAGCGGAGAACGCGAGCAACGUCCCGCACAUGCCGGGAGCAAGCUCGGCUUGUACGUCCGCGAGUAUCAUCGGUCAGCAGCAAUCCUCGGCCAGCACGAGCGGUACUCAGCGUGCGCAACGGUCGUCGAGUUCAGCGACGGAUAGGAUCGUUGGACAGCAAGAAUCGUUGAACAGUGCAGUCCCAUGCGGGCAGCGGCCGAGUUCGAAGCCGACAAACGUCCAGCAACCGGCCGAGGCUGCUAAGUUAUACAACUACGCCAUGCUGGAGCGAAAUGCGAUGCUGCAGGAAAAUAUGCGGUAUUUCUUGGCCAGCAUAAACAACGUUCCGCAGACGAGGGGUCAAGUGACGCCGGCGGGUCCCGAUGGGCAGCCAAGCCUGGCCGAGAAGCACGACGACUCGGCGAAGAGCGCGUGCGACGUUGUACCGCCGCCGUCGCGGAUGAGCACCGAUCAGCAGCAACAAUCCGCGAGGAGUAUACUCAACAUCCCGAGCUUGCAGUCGCAGCAACGCGCAGCGACCGGAGAACGGAGCCAACAGCUCGGUGAGUUCGUCGGAGCUGGGACCUCCGCGAACGCGAGCAACAUUGCGUCCUCGGUGCUGAACAUCAAUCAGCCUCGACGCGGCGGCGCGAAUGUCGCUGCGCACUGCGGUAUACGCGAGCCCUUCAGAGACAUGUCGAACGUCAGCAACAAACGACGUAUCUGUUCGCGACCCACGUACCCGGCGUGUACCAACGUUGCUUAUCCAACGUUGCCGCCGGACGCACAGAACGUCCUCGUUCGCCCGAGCGACGUGAACGCGUGGAAAAACGUGAGCUCGCUGCCUGCUAGCGCGGCUGCAGGCAUCAGCGGCAGACCGCCACGGCUGCCGCCACAGACGAGCAACGGUACAGCGAUGCUCGUGAAUGCGCAGCAACAGCAACAAGUAGUCGCGGCGGGCGAAAACAUCCCUCUCAUUGGCACCCUGUCAAACGUAAUCAACACUUUGUCGACCCUUUCCUCAGCUCCUCAGCAGCUCCUCCAGAGCGCCCUGCCGAACGCAGCGGGGAACGCAGCCAGACCGCAGCCUGACACCUCAUCUCUCUCAAGGCCGCGAAAUCCUCUAGCUCAUCAUACGUCAGCUGUGCAGUACAGUUUGCCUACGUAUCCGAUUUAUCCACCGCAACAGUCGCAAUACAUGCACUUUCCGCCCUUCGACCCACGACUGUACGUCCUAACGUACAACCUGGGGGGGAACGGCGCGAACAUUGCACCGACGGCGAGUAGCAUGAUGCAUAACCCCUUCCCCGUGAACGCCGCGGCGGCGGCAGCCACGGGCGGCAUCCUCGCGGCAGCUUCGCCGAGCGACUUGCCGUCGAGUACGUCGCAGUCCACCGCUGCGAGGACGCGGCGAUACACGCGCACGGCGAAGCAAGUGGCUACGACGUCGGCCACGAGCUCACAAAAGAACGUCCCGCAAAAUGCCGUUGCGACCGUUGCGACGAAGGCACCAUCGACUUCGCUGCAGAAGACGACCACGAGCGCACCAUCGUCGAGCCAUCCGCUGGAAACGCCGGUGUCCUUGGAAAAAGCCAGCGCUCCUGCGCAGGACACCUCGGCGAGGCGCGACGUGGACGACGGUGCGUUGAUCGAGACGCAGAGGAACCCCGCUGCGGAGCCACAUCAAUUGGAACAAAAUUCACAAAGGAACACGUCCGCGGAUACCUCCACGAUUCCAUCCCAAGAUCCGCAAGAUCUUUCUAAACUUCCGAAGAAUCCGGCUGAUUUCCCUGCGGAUUCAUCCGCGGAUCUCUCAAAGGAUCCGUCCAAUCUCUCGCAAAGUGCAUCUAGUCUCUCUAAUAAUCCGCUUAAAAGCAAGUUGCAGAGGGAAGCGGAACAGUUUGCGGCGACCGAGAGCGAGCAGACAUCGUCGCGAAUGUCGUCGUUGCAGCUUGCGGCGGCGCAGACCGCUCACAGCUUUAAUUUCAACUUGAACAUCUUCACGGAUGACGAGCAGCGUACGAUUCGAGAGCAUUUGGAUUAUUACCUCAGCAUCUCCCCUAAACAGAUACGGCUUACAUUUGCAUUCAGGAAGCAGCAACUGCAACUGUGGAAGUGGGAGAGGAGCAUGUUACGUUGCUUCCAGAAUUGCUUGCAGACGAGCAUUCCCUGCGAGCUCACAGAGGUAACCGGCGAAGAGGUGCGAGAUGGCGAGGCGCAGUCGCUCGUCGCCUGCCGGAAAGAAAAGUCACCUGAGCGAGAAAGCGACACGACGGAGCAGAGGCGUGGGCAAAAACUCGAGAAGAUGAUACAACGUCUGUACAAUAACUUCAAUCCGGACGCUUCGACGUCGACCUCAACGAUGAUAGAUUCGUCGAUGAGACUGCGAGAAGAGGAGUCUACACCGACGAAGCACACAACGACAAAGACACCACCCUCCGGACUUGUCGAGCAUGUAGAGUCGCGAGAGCAGAAUAAAGACAUGCCGCUGCUGCUGUCGCCGUCGCCGUCGCCGACGACGACAACGACAACGACGACGACGACGACGACGACGUCUUUGGUCCCGGAACUGACAUCUUCUCUCCAACAACCGAGUACUUCGCCAAACAUUCCGAAUGCGUCGCGCGAACACCCGACGGCGGAUGCGCGGGAUACCACGGAACCUGAAGAAAUUGCCGAGCCUACGCCAAUGGUUUCGUCUGCUAAACAGCCGUCUAAACCGUCCUCGUCUCCUCUUGUGGUAGAUACACAGGUACUCGGCGACGAAUGCAAAGAAGAGUCAAGCUCAGACGUACAGCUGAUCGACGAACGCAGAGAUGAGUCAAGUUCAAAUUUGCAAAAGCAGAUCGACGAGAUACUUUUCUUGGGGAGAUACGGACCGGAUGUUUGGACGGACGACGCGAUAAAGCAUGAAUCCGUGAAACACGAGAAUCUGCCAGAUAUAGAAGAAGACAUAGGUGCAAACCUGAUCGAUUUGUGUCACAGUUCGCUGGAAGUGGAAGACGUUGAGAUAACGCACGAGUCAUCGGUACCAAAGACGGAGGAAACGGAGGAAGUUCAAGUAUCAGAAAACUUUGAAGUUUCGAAGGAUGAAUCUUUCGAGGGAGAGAUCGUUCGAUCGCAAGCAAUCGGUACCUCGGUGCGGUGUGAAGAUACGAAAGAGGAGACGAAAUUGUCCACUUGUAGUGACCUUGGAACAAGUAACGAACAACUUUGUCUCUCGUUGGAACUGAAACACGAAGAAUCACAGGUUGUCGUUAAGAUAGAAGAUACAGAAAUGUACCCGAGCAUUAUCGCCGUAAACGAUGCUGACAUCGCUGCGUGCAAUUCUAUGAAGAUGGAAGACCUGGAUCCUGCGAAUACUCUGAAUAUCUUAGGCAUCUGCAGCAUACCGCCGUCCUCAUACGAUCAGAUGCAAGAUUUCGAUACGCACUUGAUCCACGACGAUGAGUCGCAGCUCUGGGAUGAGAAAGAGGAUAAAGAAUUGUGCGAUGUAAACAAUGCUUUGGAAAUUAUGGACAUGGACGAUAUACCGUGCUUACGUUGCAAACGUAAGAGCGCAGUGUGCUGCGAGAAUUGCUUGGCCGCUUGUUACUGUUCCAAGCGUUGCGCGAAUCUUCAUUGGCAUUCGAGUCACCAUAUGCACUGUAAACCACACAAUCACUCUAUCUCCCCUCCUGAUGAUUUACAAUCGGACUAGAGAUCAUCUUGGCUCGCAUCCCAAAAUACAAACAAUGUUCCUUGGAGAUCCUGAAGUUCCUUGAACCAAUAUAUAGAUAAUAUUGGGCCUUCCAUUCGCUUAUUACAAUCGAUAUUUUUUUGUUGCAUUUAAAAUAUCAAGGUUCAUCCUCUACAAUAACAGUAUUCCAUAAAUUAUUACAUGAUGUAGGAUGAUGAGAUAAACAGCAGCAGGAUGAAAUAAUCAUUUGUAAGGACGAGAUAUAUUUGAAAGUAUCGAUGAAAAGAACUUGUGUAAUUGUACUCCUAUAAACAUCUAAAAUAUUAUUUGAAUAGUUAUAUUUAUAUAUUUAUAAUUUAUAAUAAAAAAGGAUAUAUGUGUGUAUACACAUACACACAUAUGCGCAUACACUCACACACAUACGCAAUAUAUUCGUGUUUGUUUUCUCUGAAUCGAACCUCACAUUUAUCUCAUGUAAAUAUAUGUUUAUAUAUCAUA